AGAAAGCUUAUUGCUAAAUCACAUAUAUAGUGUCUGCUGGAGUAGAGGAAAGUUAGUUGAAAGUGGUUACUUCGAUUGUUGACACGGAACUUUCAUUAGAAGAUUUGCUUGAUAGUAGUAGAAUAUAAUGGAUUCCACGACAAAUAAUGAUAAUUUCAAUGCUGACGAGCUGGAGGCACCUGAGUGGUUAAAUACGCAGUACUUUGAGGAAGUGAUCAGGCAAUAUGAAAAGAUGCCAGAAGUCAAAGUGACCGAACUAAAGAUCUCACCAGCAAGUGCCAAAGGAGAUCACUAUGCCAGCGUUAUGUUUAGAGGUAAAAUAACAUAUACGACCCAAAAAGGAAAGUUCUUCAAGUCGCUGAUCAUCAAGACAAUGCCGGAAAUGGAGGGUCACAAGAAAGAAGUUCUCGGUAACUCGAAAGUCUUUGAAACGGAAAUUGGAAUGUAUACGAAAGUAUUGCCUGAAUUUGAGAAAGUGCUGCGUAAAUUGGGUGAUGAGACCAGAUUAUGUGUACCUUGCUUGUAUUAUAGUUUAGUACCUCGGAAAAUUAUGAUCUUUGAAGAUCUAGUUCCACAAGGUUACUCUGUCAUACGAGAUAGAGAUGCAACUAUACAGGAACUGAAGGCGGUGUUUACAAAACUAGCUAAGAUACAUGCAAUUAGCUUCAAAAUUUUACAUGAGAACCCUGAAUAUCUCGAGGAAUUUAAGCAUGGUGUAUUUGAAGUGCCCAAUUUUGUGAAUGACCCCUUUAUGUCAUCUGGAAUGAAUAAUUUUAUUACAAUGCUCAAAGAAACACCUGAGUUCUCAAAAUAUUUGACACGAUUUGAGAAGUUGAGAAAUGAUUAUAUGGAUCAAACGAAAGUGAUAUUUCAAGAAUAUCGAGUAAACAGAAAAAGUAAUGGAUACUAUGUUCUCUGCCAUGGCGACUUUCACCUGCGUAACAUGAUGUUUAAGCACAAUCCGACAAAUGGAUCCUUUGAAGAUAUCAUGUUACUGGACUUUCAAAUGAGCAACCUGUGUCCAAUUUCGAUCGAUUUAAUCUAUUCGAUUUAUAUGUUAAUGGGCCCCGAGUGUCGGAAAAACAGCUACAAGGAUCUGUUAAAUUUUUACUUUAAAACGUUUGUCGAAAUCCUACAGAAAAUUGGAUUUAAAGGCGAGUUGCCGAAUUCUGCAGAGUUUUGGAUGCAAAUGACCCAACACAAAUCUUACGAUAUUUUCUUAUUAACAACAUUUUUCCCCAUGAUGUGUGCUAUAAAAGAAAAUAAAUUUGAUCCCGCUGAGAUAAUACAAAAUAACGAUUUUCGCCUGAAGACGUACUUUACAGAUGCUUUCCAGAAUGAGAUGAAAUACUUGUUACCCAGACUUGAUGAUCUAGGUUAUUUUAACUGAACAAU